AUGCCUUGGCGUCAAUUUAUAAGGAAUUUAACAAAUAAUGAAGAAUUAAUUCGUCGUCUAUCAGAAUCUUAUCCAAUUCGACGAGCAGCACAAUUAACAGCUUAUUUUUAUAGUGCUAGCAAAGAUAAAUUUAUUGAACAACGAGAUACAUGGGCAAAUUACAAAGAAUUACGACGACAACAAGAAAAAAGUCGAACAUCAACAACACCACCACCAUCAUCAACAAAAACAACACCAAAAACAACAAUAAUUAAUAAGAAAAAGCCUUCCUCUUAA